AGGAAUCCCAUUAUCAAUGACAGGUACGCGGUGCGGCUUGUUGAGGGCUUCAAAUACGGCGCUGAGCGCCCAUGUCAGGAUGCUAUCGCGUCCUCUCCUCUCCCUUUUGAAGUUCGAAGAGCCAAGCACAGUGCAAGAACUGGGGCCAAUAUGGGUCAAGACGAAAUCCGUGACACCAGACACGCCUCAGUUGACGAGGACGUGCCGGAGAAGGGAGCGUACAGGGAUGCCGACAAGGCGCUCGAGUUCCUCAAGUACAACGAGACGGGAGAUGAGCAGUCUCUCGUCAAUGAACCGGCGCUGGUGAGGAAGAUUGACUGGAUGAUCGUGCCCAUCAUGUUUGCUUGCUACUUCUUACAGUACUUGGACAAGUCGUUGCUCAACUACGCCGCCGUCAUGGGUAUCUUCGAGGACGCCAAUCUUACCACUCAGCAAUAUGGCACGCUGUCUUGGCUCUUCUACCUCGCCUUUCUGAUCUUCGAGUUCCCACACGCAUUCAUGAUGCAGCGUCUGCCUCUAGCAAAGUACCUCGGGACUAUGGUGUGUUUAUGGGGCACAGUUGUCGCAUGCACUGCCGCAUGCAAUUCUUACGCCUCGUUGGCCGCAUGCCGUUUUCUGCUGGGCAUGUUCGAGUCGGCUAUCAGUCCAUCCCUCAUCCUAGUCACCGCAAUGUGGUACAAGCGGCACGAGCAGCCCAUGCGCAUAGGCUUCUGGUACAUGGGCGUGGGGUGCGCCGUCAUGACCGGCUCCCUGAUCUCCUUCGGCUUCCAGCACUACACCGGCGACCGCUUCAACAACUGGCAGAUCAUGUUCCUCGUGGUUGGCCUCGUCACCAUCUCCGCCGGCAUCACCGUGAUCCUCUUCCUUCCGGACAACCCCAUGUCCAGCCGGCUCUCGCACGCUGAGAAAAUCAUAGCCGUCGAACGUCUCCGCGAGAACAACACCGGUAUCGAGAACAAGCACUUCAAGCCGUACCAGCUCGUUGAAGCGCUGCGGGACCCGCAGGUCUGGUUGCUGGCGUAUAUCACCACGGCUGCUAGUAUCCCGAAUGGCGCCGUGAGCUCGUUCCAGAGCGUACUUAUCUCGAGCUUCGGAUUCUCGGAUAAAGUGACGGCGCUGCUGCAGAUUCCGGGUGGUUUUAUUGCAGUCGCCAGUGUGAUUGCGGGUACGCAGAUCGCGGGCAGGUACAACCGCCGUGGUGCGAUGCAGAUCGUCUGGACAGCGCUUGGGGGUAUCCUCGGCGGAGGUCUGAUCGCAUUUCUCCCGACAAGUAACCGCGCUGGAAGACUCGUGGGCAACUACUUCACGCAUCUCACCGGCGCCUUCCUGCCGAUGUCAUACUCGUUCGCAGCUUGCAACUUUGCUGGUCACACUAAGAAAGUCACCAUGAACGCCAUCUUGCUCAUGUCGUUCUGCCUCGGAAACAUCCUCGGCCCGCUUACUUUCCGCGACGACGACGCGCCGGAAUUCACGCCCGCGAAAGUAACGAUCGUGGCCGUCGAUUCUACCGUCGUCGUUGCCGUCGUCCUCCUGCUUCUGUAUUACAGAUGGGAGAAUAAACGGAGGGAUAAGGUGGCUCUUGAGCAUCAGCAGGAUAUUGAGUUUAGCGACUUGACGGACAAGGAGAACAGGGAAUUGCGGUACAAGUUUUAGGGGAGAGGAGCUGGAUUAUGGGGCUGGAUUCUGUGUGCCCGGGGAGUACUAGCCUUUUCGCUAACAGAACGCGAUGUUGAGGAGAAGAAUACUCUCUAGACCGCAGCACUGGCUUCCUGUUGCCGGUGUAAACGUUCGACCUGAUCUCUUCGGAGGGGAUUGGAACGCUAACAAUAGAAAUGGAAGAGCGACCUCAGUUCUUAACACAGCUCCCAGGAGAAUGCGCCGUGACGAAGUUGACGAAAGCGAUAAUGAGUUUUUCGCCGCCCAUUUUCUUACCUUAUUAGAUACGCAUAUUUCGCACCUUUCAAUGUCGUAUGUCUACUACUUUUGUGCACGGAAGUACGACCGUUAGCAGCCUCAGGUGGAGAAGUGCUAUGCUCGAGCGAGUUUACUUGCGAU